AUGCCCUCCCCACCACCCACGCCCGAAGAAGCCCAGCGCCGCCAAACCGAAGCGCGCGCAGCCGUCACGGCAUCCCUCGCCAGCGUCGGCGCGUCCGUCGACAACGAGAUGCGCACGCGCACCGCCGACCUGCACGCCAACUCUGCGGCAAUCGCAAAGCAGGAAAAGGAGCUAGCGAAGCAGACGGCGGCGCUGGCGAAACAGACUGCCGAGUGGGAUAAACUGCUUCAGGGCGGCACGAAGAAGUUGAAUGAGGUGGGGGAUAUUCAGAACUGGGCGGAGAUGAUUGAGAGGGAUUUGCUGGUGUUGGAGGAGACGGUUAGGUUGGUGGAUGGGAAGGGGAGGGAGAGGGAGGAGUCGGCGAGUGGGACGGGGGGUUGGUAG